GAUCCGAGGCACGCCGCACUCCCACCGCUUGAAUCGAAGGGACUCAGCGCCAGUUCCUCCUGCGCUCAAUUGGAUUGGCGUGGAUUAAAGAUCCAUCUGGGCGGGAUUUCUUUGUUGAUACAUUCGCAAAUCAGGUUCGUGAUCAUCAGUAAGGAAGAGAGAUGCAGGCAUCUAGAGCUAGGCUCUUCAAGGAGUACAAGGAGGUGCAGCGAGAAAAGUCAGCGGACCCAGAUAUCCAAUUAAUCUGCGAUGAUUCAAAUAUAUUCAAGUGGACUGCUCUAAUCAAGGGCCCAUCAGAGACACCUUUUGAAGGCGGUGUAUUUCAACUCGCAUUCUCAAUUCCUGAGCAGUACCCUCUGCUGCCUCCACAAGUCCGCUUCAUGACCAAAAUUUUCCACCCAAAUGUUCACUUCAAGACAGGUGAAAUAUGCUUGGAUAUAUUGAAGAAUGCUUGGAGCCCUGCAUGGACCUUACAAUCUGUUUGCAGAGCCAUAAUUGCUUUGAUGGCCCAUCCAGAAGCAGAUAGCCCACUUAACUGUGACUCAGGUAAUCUCCUGCGCUCAGGCGAUAUUAGAGGCUAUCAAUCUAUGGCACGGAUGUAUACUAGGCUAGCUGCCAUGCCAAAGAAAGAUUAGUUCCAGGGUUGCAGAAGUAAACCAGAGCCAUGGUGGUGUGUGGUUCAUGUAUCACUCGCAAGCUGUCAGGUGUGACUAAUGAAUGUUUGUUUGCUUACCUGAUUUGUCUUUGUGUAUCUACAUUCUGAUGCUAAAAAUCAGCGAAAAACAUGAAUUCAAAUGCUUGAUUUAUGAUUUAAUAAUUAUAUUUGAAAGUGGGAUUUGGUACUAUGAAUCCAAUGCAGUAUGUACAGUUGAAUUGCUUGUAUUA